AUUUUGUUGGUCUCGUUGUUAGUAAAAUGAGAGCGCACAAGCUAUUAAUCUUCAACAUUGAGAGUGGUCAUCAGCAAAGGAUUUGUCUGUCGCUCUGCUUCCCAAAACCCCAUGAUACCUUCAAAUGCCCCAGCUUCAAGUCCUAGCUUUUCCGAAAAAUUGAUAUUGUCAUAGUGCCGAUUGUCAUAUUUUUUGACAUCAAUUUCCAUCACGCAAUCACGUCACUACUUACUUUGUUUUCUGAAGUUAGUAGACAUCACACAAUCACGUUGUCGACGCCUAUCACACAAUCUCCUACGGACGGGUUGCAGCCAGAGUGGUCGCAAGUAAAAAAGUCUUCAUAGAAAAUAUCUCAAGCAGAACUAAAAGUAGAGCCUCAACCUCCACUUCUAUCCUCUACUAUUAUAGUACCACUACCAGUAGAGGUGGACAUACAAAAAAUACAAGAAGCAACAUGUCGCAGCUAGAGUCAUUACGGAAGAUAAUUCGAGAGGCGUUCGGCUUCUUCGAUAAGUUGGGGAAUGCGACAGUGACGCAAGAAGAAGUCGCUACCAUCAUGCGAUAUCUCGGACAAUUUCCCAGCGAACAGGAUGUUGUGGAGGUGAUUCUGAGGGAGAUACAGGUAUUCGUAACUUAAGUUAAAAACUUCAUGUAGUUCUCCACUAGGGAGCUACGAUAGAGGUGGUGCAUCAGUCAGAUGACGACUCAUUAGUCAAAUGUCAAUUAGUCCCUUAGAUUGAUAAACUGACUGACUCAGCACGCUGGAUUUUACUUGGUAACUAGAAUCAUUCUCAUUCCUCUCUCUCUCUCUCUCCUCAUCGUUCAUGGCCAAUCCUUGUUCACCCAUCCAUCUCGAACCAGGACGACGAUCCUUCCAAUGUCGUGUCGUAUGAUGCAUUCGAGAAGAUGAUGCUGCGGUGUUUGAUGGAAAGGGAAUACGACCCGGAUGAUAGCGAAACUCUUUUGGCGGCUUUUAAUUAUGGCAGUUUCUUGUGAAUACUUGUCACAUCUGGGAAGCUACUACUACCAACUUGGAUACCUACAUCCUCUGGGAAGAUAGAACUACUACGAACCAUCUCACUCUCUCUCAAGUGAUACAGCUGAAUGCUUUAGUCUAAUAUCACAAACCGGUAGAGGACUGCUUCUUGAAGAAACGCCAUAAUGAUAAUCAGGAGUAAUUCCACAGUAUUAGCAACCAGCUUUAAUCCCUAGUCCUCGAUCCAGAUAAUCGAGGUUACAUCGAUGUAGACAAGAUGAAAGAGUAUCUUGGAAGCGGCGCAGUAGGGUUCCGUGAGAAGGAAUGGGCCGAAUUCUACGACUAUGCCAAGGAUAGGGAUCCGAAUAACACGAAGUACUCCUAGAUUGAUUUUGCGAUGGUAAAAAGUUACCUAAUUAUAACUGCAACUACUUCCGCUUUUUACUCAUUAUAACUGCCAAUGAUGAUGAUAAAACUACUCAUCACCACAGCCGAAUAUAUUACGAGGACUAUGUGGCAAAGCUGACGGGGUUUGUGGACAAGCACAUUGAGACGCUUUACGCUGAUGCUAAAAAGUGAAGACGUCGCAGUCAGUCCUGGAUUUGCGAGAGAUGUUGAUGUAGUUAUUUGAGGAUUUACUAGAGAUUUUGACCGUCUAUUAGUAGAAGGCUACUUGUUUUCAGUACCCGUACACAAUUUCUUGGACUUGUUGCGUUUCUUUGAGAGCGCUGUAU